AUGGAUUAUGAAAACGUGCUACUUGUAAAAAAUGAAGUGUUCGUCUAUCAGAUUCUUUCGAGACAGUCUAAUCGGGGUUACAGGGCUAAUAACUGGAACCUAGAAACUCCUAUGUGGACUGGAAGACUUCGUGUUAUCGCCAAAGGUAAAGAUCUCGUAAUACGAUUGGAAGAUAAGAAUUCUGGACAGCUAUAUGCUGAAUGCCCAGUGGACUCAUUUCCUGGGAUAUCCGUUGAACCAGUUAUUGACUCAAGUCGAUUUUUUGUUAUUCGAUUAAUGAAUGAUAAUGGGGAAACUAAAUUUGUAGGGAUUGGUUUCGCAGAACGUGCGGAUUCCUUUGACCUUAAUGUAGCAAUUCAAGACCAUUUCAAAUGGUUAAAACAGGAAAAAGAAGCUAAAGAAAUGGAAGAAAACGCGGGCAACCAACCAGCUAAGGAUAUGAGUUUCAAAGAAGGGGAAAAAAUAAAAUUAACUCUGAAUACCCGUCGUACAGGGGAUGAUCCAAAUCCCAAAUCAAAAGUUACACGCCCCCUUACUUCUGGAUUAUCGGGUGGUCUACUGCCCCCUCCUCCGCCGCCGGCAGUUUCUCGGUCUCGUGGUAGUCGCGUUGUAGGAGAUACCGCCCCAGUAUCGGGUAACUUAUUUAACAGUGACCCGUCACAACCAAACUAUACAAAUCCUGUGUGCACACCGAACGUUCCAUCGACCACUUCAAACGUCGACCUUCUAAGUGAUUUCCUCGGGAAUUCUGGGCAGUUCUGA